AUGAAAAUCCAAAAAAUUGAAAAGUUAAUUAAAAAGUCUACCAUAAAAACAAAUUGUUCUUUUUUAUGUACUUUAAAUAUCAUCAAUUACAGUAGUAUUGGAAACUAUAAAAAUAAUAAUAAUAAUAAUAUUUUUAAUAUCAACAAUAGAUAUUAUAGUAGUAGUAGUGGUGGUAAAUCAAAUGAUAUUGAACAAUUAAUAUUAAAUGAUAAUUUAAAAAAUAGUAAUAGAAAUUUAUAUUCAAUUGAAUCAAUAAUUGAAAAAUUUCCAAAAAAAGAUGAUUUUCAAAAUUAUUUAAAUCAAACCAAACCAAUUGGAAAACAGUUAUAUGAUUUUAUGAUAUUAUCAAGAUAUUCAUAUGAUAAUGAUAUUAAUAAAAAUGAAUAUCAUAAUAUAUUUACUAAAUAUAUUGAAGAAUUAGAUAAUAAUAAUAAUAAUAAUAAUGAUAGUGAUAAUGAAGUAACAUUAGAUUUCAUAUUAGAAUUUAAUUCAAAAUCAUAUAGAAAAUUUGAUAAAUUAUUUUCAAUUUUAUUUAGUGAUAAUAAUAAUUUAAAAAUUACAAAUAAUCAAUUUAGUUUAUUUUUCGAUUCAAUUAUUAAGGUUCAAAAUAAAAUUCAAAAUGAUAAUACAAUUUCAAUGACAAGAGAGCAAGAAAGUAGAAUUGAAAAUUUAAUAAUUGAAAUUGUUGAUUCCUAUUUAAAUUUAUUGAAAUUUAAUGACGAAAAUAAUCAAGUUAUAUUAAAUAUUAAUCAUUAUAAUAAAAUAUUAGAAAUUUAUUAUAAUUGUAAUGGUAAAAAUAUUAAUAAAUCAAAAUUAAUUAAAGAUACAUUAGAUUCAAUUUACUUAUCACAUAUUAAACCUGAUACUGAAACAUACAUGAUUGCAUUCCCUUAUAUUUCAGACACUGAUUCAAAAUUAUUAUUAUCAAAAAUUAAAGGUGAUUCAAAUUAUAAAUCUGGUCCAAAUACUUAUCAAUUAUUAUCAUCACAAUUUGAUAAAUUAAUAAAAUAA